AUGAAUCGGUUCAGAAACAAGAAGAAGAGCAAGGAUGAGGUUGAGGCUCCUCGGCCCUCGAUUGAGUCCGAAUCUUCAAGCCCCUUCAGGAUGUUCGGCAAGAAGAAGGCUCCUGAAGAGGAGCCCAAGAAAGAACUCGAUCUUACAACAGCUCUUCCCUCAACCGACGAUUUUCGAACAAGUCUUCUUAUGACUAACCUUUCAGCGCGAUUCUCUAUGCUCCGAGAGCAAGAUGAUCCCAACACAAAGCUUGGCAAAGCCAGUGACGAUAGCGUUCUGUUUCCCAAUAGGCAAUCGAGGAUGAUGGACUUUGGCUUUGCUGCUGGACUGGGAGACAUUGCUGAGGUUGAAUCAGUGAGAGCUCCAUUUGCGCGCGAAUCCGUGGCAUCAAACGACGACGCUUCCUCAAUAAACGGGAGUGUCAUGGGCCGCUCAAAACCAAUUGAAGGAAACAAUCUGUUCGGAGGCCGACAAAAGGUGUACAAAAUCGGCACUGGAGGAAACAAGGGGGCUAUGAGUGGCCGUGUUCUCUAUGGCGACGAUGUGGCCCAGUCAGCUUUCCAAAAAUGGCGACAAUCUGAGAAGGAUCGUCAGUCGUUAGAUCUGCAACAAAGCGAGUCGAUUGAGUCUGAGGCAGGAAGGCCCGAGUCUCCCUCUCAGACAGAUUACGACCGUAAGAGGGAGACCAACUCAACGACUUCCUCCGGCCCGUCUGCAGCUCGGGACUCCACAGCUGCUACUUCUAUCAGCUCUUCUCAGAAGGACCGAGAGUCUUUCGCCAACACAUUCCGUACUGCGAGUCCGACACCUCCAGUGGAAAGAACCGUGACUCGAACCCGUCGAUUGUAUGAGCAAAGUCUGAAUCAAGAUCUACAAGACCAACAAACGUCGGCACUCUCAAGAAUCGACACCCUAUCGAAGCGGACUCUUGGAAGCAGAACACCAGAUCUUACUCCUCUCGUGCCAUCUCCUUCAAGCGCAACAUUUGGUGAUCGUUUCAUGACUCGUUCAGUGUUGGCGAAGGCUAGUGCUCCUAACCUACGAUCGUUCAGCCCUCCAUCCUCAUCUCAGAUGAGUCCCGCGGAUUCUGUGAACAAGUUCCCCAAUAUGGACCAGAAGGCCUUUGGUGCCACACCCCCUCUCAGCCCCCCUAUCAGUGAAACCGGAGAGAUUCAGCCCCUCGACCGAAGCAUCAUGCUCAGCAGAAACAACAGUCAAUAUGAUGAGUCAAGAUUUGCUCAACGGCAAGUGCAAAUGCAGCAAGGCCGGGAAACCCCCACCCAGCGGUUCCGUAACGAUUCCAACCCUUCUUUGUCGGGCUCUCGUUCUCGUUCUCCCUCUACCCACCGUUCACAUGUGGAGAAGAGCGAUUUCCAGACCGAGCCUACAGUUCAUGAAGAGUCUCAGACUUCGACCUUCUUCCACGACGACGAUGAUGAGUCGGUCCGCAGCCCCGAUCUUUCCGCCACUACCCCUCAAGUCACUGUUGAGAGGCCAGCGGAUGUGCAACACCCAGCUUUUAGACGGUCUGCUAUGCCAACGCCUCUGAUAAUUAGUGAUGGGCCUGGAGACGUGGCAUCUGUCAAGACAGACAACAUGCCCAAGGACUCUCCCACCUUAGGACCAACAUCAGGAGGAUUGAGUGGCAUGGUCAGGCAGCAUCUACGAUCAGACAGUGGCGCCUCAUCAAUUUAUGGCAGCAUGCCCAACGAUAUUGACUUGUCCUCCCGUUUCCCUCCCGAGCGACCUGACGCACAUGCGUAUGAGCCAAAAUCCCUUGACUCCAAUGCAUGGGAAUCGAUUGAGAGAGACCUGGCUAUGUCAAUCGACGGCAGCGUGACUAGUCCCACCCUCUCUUCUGGUCGUAUGGAAUCGCAAGCUAUGCCUGCACCCGAGCCUGUCCAGGAACCGAAACAGACCCAUCAGCCAGAGCAGGAAGAGGAGACAGACGAUUUUGCUCGCCAUCUCGCUGACGGCGCGCGACGUGUUAGGGAGAGAUUGACCUCAUUCGUCGAGUCUGACAGCGGCGCUACUGCACCAGAAACCCCUCCUCUAUCUGAACUGCCACCACCCCCACGCCCGAACGCGCUGGGUAUUUUGAAGUCCAAGUCUAGCAUCAGCUCCUUAGGCGAAAGAGGUCGAGAGACUGCCGGUCAGUCGAAGGCGAAGAAGCUCCUUGGUCUUCGGGGCACAUCACCAGCUUCAGCUGUUUCCCCCCCUCGAGAUACCUUUGAGGCGGACAGAAUGACACAAUCCCCCGAGGGACUGAACGAUGCUAACUCGGAUGAUAAGGAGGCUCCUCAUGCCGGUCUCAAGGCUUUCCGUCAAGCCCGCAGGGAACUCCAAAGAAUGAAAGAGCUUGAGGUUCAGCAACGUCGCCAGGGUCCUCAGAAUCCUCCUGUAACCACCAGGGAGAGAGCUCAAACCGGAUCGUCAUCCCGAGCACCAUCUCAGGAGCGCCGACCUUACCCUCCAAUCUCGUACAACCGUGUUCCCAGCGAGGAAUCCAGAGCCAACGGUGGCUCUCGUGCCGGCUCUCGUGCCGGUUCCCGCUCAGGAUCUAGGGCACCCUCUGAGCGUGACCGAAGCGGUUCUGAAGCAAGCAGCGGAGGACGCUCAGGCAGUCGACCACCUCGUCUCAGAAAUGGAUCCUUCGCUCGUGAUGAAUACCAAGGACCCCCCUUGGGCUCCCCAGUUGGAGUCAAUGGUAAACCUCGACAAGGCCCGAUGAUGAGAGCACCCAUGGCGCCUGGCCAGGAAAUGCGACGGUCACCGCACAUGCCUCCUCAGCAGCCGUAUCCCGGAAACGCCUCUCCUGGACGUUUUAAUCGCCCAGAGAACAGCUUGCAUAUUCACCCUGCUCAUGGUUAUGAUCUCGGCCAGCCAUCGCCCAUCUCACCCCUUAACGGGACGCCAUCCCCCAACGGCUUCCCCAGCCAUGGCCCGGGAUCCCAACGGCCUUAUGGCCCCGGACCUCCUAUGCCAGGCGGCAUGAUGCGAAACCGAGAUAUGUCGGAACCUUCGAUGAAGCCUUUCGGUUCGCAGAUGGGUCCUCGACCUGGACUGGCUGCUCUCAGCGGUGGUGCGGUCUCUACUCCCAACCUUCACAGCAACAUGACUGCCCCUCCUCUACCCCCUAUCAACCCCCGACGCAAGAACACAGGUGCUGCGCUCGGUGAUGCCACCAUGAACACCCACCAUCGACCUAUGAGCCCCGGUAACCCCAUGGAACAACGUGGCUUCCGAGGUGAAGAUGAUGAAGGCGCAGGACAAUAUCGCCAACGAUUACGCAAAGCCACUAGUGAGGCUAACGUAAACGCUCGAGCGAGAUCGAUGCUCCAAAACCCUCCGCCACCGAUGGCUCCUCCGCCUAUGCCUCCUAGCACGAGCAGCAACGUGCUUCCCGGUGGCAUGAUUUAG